UCCGUUAGACGAUUGGAAAUUGAUCGUCUUGAUCUUAUAUCUGAUUCGAAUUGAUAAAAGAUAUUCGCGAAAGUGGUUCGCGUUGCGAAAAAGGAUACCGGACCUGACGCGACGAUGGCCGAGCGUCCUGGCGGUAGGAGACGCUCGCGUCGCGACAGUAUGGAGGCCGGAAAUUCUUUGCAUGGUACACCACCGGGUUCUAAGGAACGUAGAACUAAACGUUCAAGUAAACCAUCCAAAGAGAGAUGGUUAUUGACUAGGAAAACAUGGAGGUAUAUGGCUGAUGCUGGAAGACGUUUGAUACCCGACGGUGUUCACAAUCGUACCGAGGAUAUACCCAAAAUCGAACAAUAUUUUCAAGAAGUUUGUCAAAAGGAACCCCGUUUUUUAUUAUGGAGGAAAUCAUCUUAUCCCGGUACAUUAGGUUUUCGUUCACAAAGACGACGUAGACGUGUCAAGGGUGGCAGUUGUAGGGCCAAAGCUAGCUCGGCUGACGAAGCUGACGAAAUUAGGAAUCUUUCUAAAGGAUUCGUCCUUCAGCCUACCACCGUUGGCAAAUUUGAUUUGGCCAAAGCUAAGAGAGAUUUUUUUUUGGCAUCCGACAGUUGCGGUAGCGCACCUUCCAGUCCAGUAUUUAAUCGUAGGAGGACGCCUAAGGAAGACGCGGAUGUUAAAGUUUUAGCUGAUAUGUUGCAAAAGUACCUGAACAUGCAAGGGGAUAUCGGUGAUACGGCCAAAACUUUCGAUAGAACUACCGUGAUCGAUCAUAUAGAGGGUAAAGAACAUUUUGAUUAUCAGAAUUUGAUCGAUAAGUUGCAACAACAUUUGGAUUUGAUCGUAGCACAAGCGAAAAGAGAUGAUAUAAUUGGUAAUAACGAGACUAUGUCGAUUAACAGAGACAAUUUACCUAAAUCAUCCCUAAAUCAACCAUAUCAAAGUGAUUACGUUCAUAAAUCUUUGAUGGAGACACUCAGUCGUUAUUACAGCAAGUCACCAACUAGGGAACGAGUAAUAUCGGAUAUUUUAACCGAUCGUAAGCUUUUGGAAAAGCUUUAUUUCGAUUUGAGAUGUACCAGAGGGUUCAGAGGACCAAGGGCAACCGGUGCUUACACUUCACCAUCUAGCAGAUGGUGGGCUCAUCAGAGAACUCGAAAUACGGGUAAAGAAAACGAAGAAGAUUGGUACUCGAACAAACGUGAUCCUAUUUCUCCACCUCCUUUGAUAGCUGUUCAAGAACCUAGUAUCGAUCGUGGACCAUUGGAUGAUGGCGUGCAAACUGAUCCGGUUCCCCGGGAUGUUUUGGAUGCUAUAAUUCUCGAGAGAGAAAAGGAAGAUAAUAAUAAAAGUGAAACGAGUAUAGGAAAAGCAAGUGCUCGUAGACGAAGUAGCGUUGACAACGAUGACGUGUCACCUUCGGUUAGCGAUACCAUUAAAAGGUAUCUCAGGAUGGCUAGGAAAAAAUCUAUGGAUGCUGAUAAAGUUGAUAGGUUCAAACGCGUUAAUUAUGAUAGAAAUCUUCGUAAUAUCAGGGCUAAAGGAGAAAUUACAAAGCCAGGUGACGACGAUGGCAAUAACAAAGGUUGCCAGACUUCAGAAGAUUGGGUUGUUAAUUAUCGUGAAAUGUCAUCCAUCGAAAAUCCAUCUGAAAAUCUUUCGGACGGUGAUACGACCUCGCCAGCAAGUAGAAAUGCAAGUUCGCGUAGCAGCAUUGAUGCUGGCCUUGGUUCGGAAGAACCCCUAACUCCUAAACAACAUCAUCAUCAUCAUCAAUCCUUUCUUUCCCAUCUCCUUCAUGGUUCCAAUACUCACAAGGAUAAACCACAUUCGGCACCGGGUUCGCCUGCACUCACAUCUUCGUCGAAAAAUUCUUCAGGUGGCACAGCGAUGCAGAAGAGCAAAUCUUCAAGCAGUGUGGUACAUCACGGUAGCAGGUUGGUCGCUAAAAAAAUUUGGCGGUCCAGGAGUAAAAGUACUUCGAGGGCAUCGAAUCAACCGUCCAUCUGGACACCCCAGGGAAAAUGCACGUGGGCUGGCACAGGUGGACGACGAGUGACUCUCCAGGAUACUUCUUUGCGUUCUUUAUCAGAAAUAGAAAGAAAAGUUUUAUGCAGAGUUGCCGUUGCAAAGUUACAAGCUCUCAAUUUAGGUGUUCACAUAAGACCCCCGAGCGAAUCUCUAGGGAGUGGGCCGGUUGCUACGAAACCAAAAAGGCGAGCAUAUUUGCUCAAGAGGAAGGCACUCACGACAGGAUUCUUUGAGAGUAAAGGGAAGGAGGAGAAAGACAAAGAGCCAGCACCAGGCGGUCUAGUUUUUGGUAUACCAAUUUCUCAAUGUCUUGAGAACGAUAGAAUCGCUAGAAUCGCUGCUGGGGAAGUUGCCGACGUUGGUAGUUUGACGAGAAGUAGUAGACAUGGAAGUAGAACGAGUUUUAGCAGUCUGAUUGAAGCUCCUACUACGGUUGCAGCGAAAACUGAAGAUGGUGGUUCCUGUGAAUCAUUACCGUCGAAAGGUGGAGGAGUAUUAACUGGAAGUGAUUCUGGUGUCCUCGAAUUAAGCGAUAGUGGCGGGGGAGGAACAACAGGCGAAUGGGAUGCAGUACCAGGGGUAGUUAGACAAUGCAUUAGACAUCUCGAAGCUACUGGGCUUCGUACCUUGGGUAUUUUUCGAGUUUCACCUUCGAAAAAAAGAGUUAGACAGUUGAGAGAAGAUUUCGAUUGUGGUCGUGAGACAAAAAUCGGUCCUGAUCAGUGUCCUCACGAUGUGGCUGCCUUACUGAAGGAGUUUUUUCGAGACCUGCCUGAUCCUCUGCUUUGUAGGGAUCUCUAUCAAGCCUUCGUACAUACUCAAAAGAUUAGGAAUAGACGAUUGCAACAAGAAGCACUUCAGCAUCUUAUUCAAUUACUGCCAACGCCAAAUCGCGAGACACUUUGGGCAUUACUUCAUUUCCUUAGUAUCGUUGCAUCAAAUAGCGAGGAUCAAAAGAAUGAAACUGGCGAAUGGAUACCAGGAAACAAAAUGGAUACUAAUAAUUUAGCUACUGUUUUUGCACCUAAUAUACUUCACUGCGUGAAACCUGGCCAAACUCGACCAGAAGUUUCAGCAGAGAGAGCAGAAGAGAGAAUAGACGUGAUAAACGUGGUACGAGCUCUCCUUGAACAUGCUUCGACGUUGUUUACAGUACCAGCAGCAUUGUUAGACGAAUUGUACCUGCACAUGAUGGAUACUCAUCCAGCCGAAUUAGAUCUGGCUCUUUCUCGACGUGCCGAGGAACAAUGCGGAGACGAGGUUGAUCCAUGUAGCGAAGCAGAAAAUUUUUCAGUCGAAGAAACUGUUGCAACAUCUGGGAAUACGUCAAUGCCGGCUACAACGACAACGAGAAAAGUUUGGACGCGAGAAGAAUGUUUGCAUCAAACGGCUGGCGUGGGUGGUGAUAUUGGUCCAAGGCCGCGUCGUCCGAAAAGGCCUGGAACUCGUAGAAAAGAAGAAGGAAGAAGUAACAGCGUUGAUAGUGGAUCUAGCGAGGAUCCAACCGAUCCUCGUAGAAGAUCCUCUCCGAUGGUGAUCACAGCUAGUUUAACUAUACCAAUGUCUGGAGCGUUCACAUUGAACCUCGAUGAUCCAGACAUUCCUUAUAUCGAGGAAACACCUAAACAACCAAGUGCACCACCGAGAAGACAAAGACAACGUUCGAUAUCUGGUUGUAGCGAAGGUGGUCGACAUGGUAGCGAUAGCGCAGUUGGUUCAUCGGCAACCUUGUCAGGCGACCAAGUGCCAAGUUCCCCACCCUCUUGGGCUUCUACCCCUCCUGCUAGCCCUGACAGUGCUGUCACGGCUGUCUCAUAUAUUCCUGAUCAACAAGCUGUCUUGCAGAGGGUCUCCUUUACCACAUCCAGCGAGGUUAGGCAGGUUUCUAGGGGUAGUAAUCAAGAAGUUAGUAGAACUAGUGCUACCCCUUACACGCCUAGCAUCACGAGUAUAGGUGGUGCCGUUUUGAGGUCUAAAACGGCAGAUAUUGAAAGGAUGCUACACAUUAAUAGGUCGGAUCCAAGUUCGGGAAAUCUUCAACAUAGUAAAUCGAGUAUAGUAACCACUUCAAUGUCUACCACGAGUUCGUCAGAGAGCAAGAAAUAUACUAAAAGACGUUACACCGACUCUAGGCAUCAAACUCGUCAUAUACCUGACUUGGAUACGCUUGCUGGGAAGACAACAACGAUGACAGUUACGUCAUCGAUGACGAUGUCAUCUACGACAGCAUCUAGUUCGGUCAUUGCGACAACACAAAAUCCACGUGGCUCGACAGGUGUCGUCCAACCUGUUUGGAAACGACGAGAAUUGAUCUCGAGUGCACCCAAGGGACGUGAAAAUUACUUUUGAAAUUCUCAUCCUCGUUCUCAUUUUAUAAUCUUAAUAGCGAUCUUAAUCUUUUAUCAAAGUCGUCUUUUGAUACGAACGAUUAUAAGAGGAAACUACGGGGUAGAGGAGGAAUGAGAAAGAUGUUAAUUAGAUUUCUUAUCGUCUUUUAUUCGAUUAAGUAGAUACACGCUAAGACUCUGUUUUACUGCCUAUAUCAGGUCUGGCCUGGCUAAGUGUUCCUCGAAUCCCGUCAUAAUUAUGUCUCAUUAAUUAAUUCUUUUUUUUUUUUUUUUUAUGGAAUAUGAUGUAUAUGGACAAUGAGGUGUCAGCUGGUUCCUAAACAAAGAUCUCCGCAACUAUGUUGACUAUGCUCAAAUUCUUUCUCUCUCUCUCUCUCUCUUUCUUUCUUUCUUUCUUUCUCUAUGUCUAUUUCUUAUUUCCUUGCUUUUUACUUGAAUCAAUCAUUUGUAAAAAGGUCAUAAAAUUGUCCUUUUGUUUUAAUUUUGUUUCAAUCGAUCGUCGCGUGAUUUAUUGAGACGUAUGAGAUUAACGAAAAAAAAUUAUGUUCUCUUCCUUUUUAUUUUACUUUUUGUUUAUUUUUAUUUAUUUAUUAAGAUAUUGAAUAGAUUCUCGUCUUAGAUAAUUAUUAUUGAAUUGUGGAAAAUAGCAAAAUAAUAAAUAUAAUGUCUUUGGUUAAGCGUGGCCAAGACAUGAAACAAAUCGAAGACGUCUCUGAACGUUGAUUUAAUCGAAAUGUUCUUCGAACGAUGAUGUCGACGAUCUAGUAGCUUUUCUUUAUCUUUCUCUUCUUCUUUUAUUUUUUUUUUUUUUUUUUCAAUCUUUAAGCUA